AUGGAGAUUACUGAUUACAUCUUUAAUGAGCGAGAGGAGGUGAUAUCCGUAGGAGACUACAAUGCCUACCGUGCACACGCCACUCGAAAACUACACAAACUUCACAAGAAGCUUGGGCAGGCUACUUCUAAAGGUCGCAAGUAUACAGCUAAACCUGCUGUGACUGCUGAGAAUGUCGGAUCAGAUGUGGCUUACGUGCAUCUUCUUCUUCUCGGGUCCGAACGAGCGUGGGCACACGCUAUGCACAUGAAAUCGACACACUCUGCAGAUCCAUCGGCCAAGGGCAUCUCUGGCGCCGCUCGAAAACACAUCAUCUCCCGAUUGAACAAGGCAACUGGAUAUGCGAAACAGUUGGUCUCGCUGCUCCACGAGCAGUCAGUCUCGGGGGCAAGUGACAUCGAUAUCCUCGAAGCCCGAGCUUAUUUAGCUACCAUAUCCGGAGCCUUGUGUCUGGAACAGAGAAAGUGGGAGCAUUGUCUUCGUCACUACGCCAUUGCACGAGUAAUCUUUACAGCUCUUGGCCAGAAAGUCAAGAAAGAUGCCUUUCGAGACCUUCUUGCGGGGACCGUCGAUCCCAGUUUGCGCUAUGCCGCUUACCAGAUAAAGCUUCCUCGCUCCAAGCCAACGUCUUCGUUAGCUAUUGAAUACUUCCCGUUGGAUUCGGAAGUUAGAUCUGAAGUUGAGAAGAUUGACUCCUCCUGCCUCGCGGAAGAAGCAGCCGGAACACGAAGAACCGCCGAGGGUGAUGUGCAACAGCUACCUGAAACCGUCACUUGGAGAAACCAUACUGUUUCACUUGAAGAUGCGUCAAUUUCUCAAGCUCUGGCUGCAGCCUCGGCGGCAGAGGCUCGUUUAACUGCUUGGUUGGCUGGCGCUGGCAAAUCUGCCACCUCAAAGGAUCAGGCUGCGGCAUAUGACAACGUGAUUAUUGCCAGCCAGGAUGCUGUCGAUGCAACAAAAAGCGCAAUUGAUGAUCUUGUUGUUGAGGGUGUAGAUGCCGGUGAUAAAAGGCUGCAGGCUCUGCAGAUUACUCGGACCGCUGUCAAUUACAACCUGGUAGGAUGGCGAGUUGGGCGCAAUCGUGUCUUGUGUGGCGGUCAAGACGGAUUGACAUUGGACGACUAUCAAAACAACAGUAGCAAGGAUACUAAGCGCAAUGGGGGCAACGGAAAUGGAAAGAAGCUGAGCAAGCUACGUGAACGAGUAGUGCUGUAUGACUCGACUCUACAGAGCUUGGACUUUAUUCUCGAGUUGCCAGGUGUCGCUGCGGAUUCCCUCUUUGUGCAGGGUCUUGAAACGAAAAGACACUACUUUCGCGCACUCAGAUGUCUGGCUCUGGGUCGAUCUUACAGCAUUCUCGACAAGCCAACCGAGGCGCUGGCACUCUUUGCACGAGCACUCGAUCUCUCUGGUGGUGCCACUUCGCAAUCCUCUGGCAGUUCCGAUGCUCCUCCACAGCUUGAUGUCUCACAGGCACAAGUUAACACUCUGCAGUCUACUCUCCGCGGGCUGGAAGCUCAGUACCGUGGCCUUGUCACUCUGGAACGACUUGAUGUCGACCGCAGCUCAUCCCCGCAGCGCCCAAUCGUGGAGCGCCUGCACCAGUUUGAAACGAAAAUUGAUCUCAGCAACCUGGUACCGUAUCCACCGCAGAUGCAGCCAGUACCAGUGAAGCCAUUGUUCCUAGAUGUGGCAUGGAAUUACAUUGAAUACCCUCGUGAGAAGGGUGCAGUUUCUCAGACUCAGGUGCAAGCUCCGGCUCAAACACCUGAUGAGAAGAAGGCCCGCGGCUGGUUUGGAUUUGGUCGAUCGUAG